CUCAUAUCCGAGGAAAAGAAGAAAGGUCAGGGGGCACGGGGCGGAGCUUGCUGUUAUAGUACGUGUGCUUCUGAGGAGUUAGCUUGUUUUCCAGUGGGCUAUCGUUACGUUUGAAAACGCCCGUGAAUCAUGGUAUUACUUGAAAACGACUCGUUUCUGACGGAGCUCACACGGUUGUUCCAGAAAUGUCGAAACUCUGGUAGCGUGGUAAUCACAUUAAAGAAGUACGAUGGGAGGACCAAACCAAUUCCUAAAAAGGGACAAGCAGAUUCGUUUGAACCAGCAGAUAACAAGUGUCUUAUCAGAGCCUCUGAUGGAAAAAAGAAAAUUAGCACAGUGGUCAAUACCAAAGAAGUAAUCAAAUUUCAAAUGGCGUACUCCAACCUCCUCAGAGCCCACAUGGAUGGACUUAAGAAGAAGGAUAAGAAAAGCAAAAGCAAGAAAACUAAAGCCACCCAAUGAGCAAAAGACUCUACCUCUUUGUCUCUAGUCUGGCCGGUACCACCUGAAGGAGGAAGGAGGGGGGGGCGAUGGGCUCGCAGCGGGCCGGAUUCAUCUUUCGCCCCCUCUGGCGUCUCCCAUUACCCUGAUGGCUCAGAGGCCACCGUCGGUCCACCUAGUGACUGCUUUGAUCUCAUGCCAUCGUUUGCACGAUAACGUCUUACUUCCGGCCAUUCGGUGAAAUGAAAAAGCAGCAACGUAAGAAAAGAACAUGGAUGUCACAGUGAGAAGCUCUUGAGCCGAAACGCAUCCGUGUGAGAUCCAGGUUAUCGACAGCCGUGUCCAAUAUGAGGGGGCCACAGGGUUGAUGCUUGAUUGCCUUUCAUAAUGUUUUGUACAACUCUCAAUUUGUAACGGCAGGAUUUAAUUUAAUUCCCUGUAAAAAAACAAAACUAUCACAAAUAAUUUAAACACUACCGAUGCCAUAAUGAGACUGUUUAUUUUAACAUGAAAUACCUUUUGUUUCAUGUUUGAGACCAAGGUAUAUCUUUCCUUUUUUAAAGUUGUAUUUUAUUUCUUUUUUUUUUGGCCAGUUAACUAUCGGUAGAGCAACCCUAUUCACUUUGCCCUGGUAAAUUGAAAUAUGUAUAUAGGAAAGCGAUUUGUAAUGAGGCUAUCAUGGAGUUAAUUUGGUGGGGAAACAGCUCUAUAAAGUACAUUUACUGAAAAUGGCG